UCAAGUUUCAUGACUACGCCUAUACACGUCUGCUACGUAACGCACCGUCAGAUCAGCCCAUUUAUCUGCACGAGGGAUCAGAUGAAAGCCCAUUAUAGGAAAAUGGGUUAUGUAUCAUGUGAUUGUAAUUGGCGUAUGUCAGAAAACGACUUCCUAUGUAGUUAGCUGAGUCAGAACUAGUCUAGACUAGUGUAGUGCGUGCGGGAUGAGAUGGGGGGAGCGGAUAACAAGUGGUGAUAGAUGCAUCGAUGUGACAGCGGCGUUUGGUACUUUGACGAUAUUGUUAAUGGCUCACUUGAAUCCCGGCCUCGAAGUCUCAUAAGAGAGUAAAAGAAAACGAGGAGAGAAGUUUUAUUUGUUUGUUCGUCGAAACCAACAGACUAGAGCCUUGGCUGUGUACCAGGCUGAUAUGGGAUGCUACAUCCUACGUUAGGUAAUCCCCGAUUCGGAUGGCCGGACGAGCGAAAGAGCGAAUCUCGCAGGUAAAGGCGUGAUCGUGUAUAUUAUCGCUUUAAGUAGUAAGUGCAAUAGAAGCUGUAAGCACUGCUUAAUGUAGAGAUUCUCUACAUACACAUGUAUCUACUGUACCUCCAAACGAUACAAGUACCAGUACCAGGACCAGUACAUAAUAUGAGCACGCCAUGCGUAAUGACUACAGGGAAAAGAAGAGGAAGGAAUCAUCCCGGCUCGGCUUGCUUCUAGUGAGAAUGUUGUUAGUGUUGUUGGAGGUGUACAUACAGUAUUGGGAAUACCCUACAUACAGAUCCCUCGUCAAAGAGCUGAAUCCAGAACUGUGGCGCGGAAAUUCCCUCAGCUCUGAGACGGAACCUGCCAUAGGAAGCCUGGGCGAGUACCUGAUAUUUGGGGUAGGUAUUGCCAUUAUUCCUCCUCGAAUUGUGAUCGCCUAUUACACGGGUACUUGAAGCAGUCUGCUUGUUCACAUUUUGUUCUCUAGAGGAGUGAGUUUUCAUUAGUCUUAGAUUUGUAGAAUGAGAUAAUUGUUCUUUUAUCCUUUUUUCCCCAAAGGUCUAUGGAGCUCUGCGUUAGUUAGAUCUAACUCAGUCCUUUUUUUCCUCUUUGUAAAGAUAGACGAAUACUUACUACAAUAUGCAAC